AUGAGUGAAAUCAAGAAAGAAACACCUACUUUAAAGUGUAUCGUAGUGGGAUCAAGCGGUGUUGGCAAGACAUCAUUGAUUGAAUAUCUUAUUAAUGGGAAAUUUAAUGAAAAUACCCAGCCUACAAUUGCAGUUGAUUACAAAACGACAAUCCUCGAAAUUGAUGGCCAAGAAGUUAAAAUGAAUAUAUAUGAUACUGCUGGACAAGAAAAAUACAAGGCUCUCUCACGAUCUUAUUUCCGAAAAUCAGAUUGCGUUUUACUUGUUUUCGAUCUAACAGAAAAACAAUCUUAUGAUGAUGCGAACGCAUGGUAUCUGGAAAUACUACAGAACUGCGAUUUUGAUUCGAAGAUUUUAUUAGUUGGAAACAAGGCGGAUGAAAUCAAUACUCGAGUCAUAUCAAACACUACGGCAGAGCUAUAUGCUAAAAGUAGAAAUAUCAUUUAUAUUGAAACAUCAGCGAAGACAGGAGAAAAUGUUAGGGAAGCCUUUUUCAGAAUUGCCUGUGAAGCUUACAGAUCCAAUGAGAAAGAGAUACAUGAUGAUGUUCCGUCAUUAACAUUGCAAAGCAUGCUAAUGAAGAAAUGCUGCUAA